AUGGUUCAACCGUUUUGGAGGAAGGGCCGAACAAAAUUCGACGGCAACGCGAAGCGUCACAACUUGGAGAAGCCCGACACUCGGCGCCCCAACAACCCUAACGCUGAGGCUAAACCAUGUGAAGCGACAGACCCGCACGAGUUGCCACGCAGCGGAUGCGUCUCCACAGCAACUUGGUCGACCGCAAACGUGAUUCUGUCUCGAGCAAGUUCACCUGAAAACCUGCUCUCUUGA